UGGCUCUCAUGAUGAUGAAGAAGAAGAAGUUUAAGUUUAAGGUGGACUUCGAGCUGGAGGAGCUCUCCUCAGUGCCCUUCGUCAAUGGGGUCCUGUUCUGCAAGAUGCGGCUGCUGGACGGCGGCAGCUUCACCGCAGAGUCCCCCAGGGAAGUGGUGCAAGCAAACUGUGUUCGCUGGAGGAAGAAGUUCUCCUUUAUGUGCAAAAUGAGUGCAAGUGCCGCGACAGGCAUCCUGGAUCCUUGUAUCUACAGAGUAUCUGUGAGGAAGGAAUUGAAAGGUGGAAAAGCUUAUGCAAAGCUGGGCUUUGCAGAUCUAAACCUGGCAGAGUUUGCUGGAUCAGGAAAUACCACUCGUCGCUGUUUACUGGAAGGCUACGAUACCAAAAAUACAAGACAGGAUAAUUCCAUUCUUAAAGUUUUGAUCAGUAUGCAGCUGAUGUCUGGCGACCCGUGUUUUAAAACGCCUCCUUCUACAUCGAUGUCUAUACCAAUUGCUGGUGAAUCCGAGUCUCUGGAAGAAGAUAGAAAAGGUGGAGAGACUCUCAAAAUCCAUCUUGGAAUAGCAGAUCUUUCAACAAAGAGCGCCUCUGUUCCAGAUGAACUUGGUGCCUGUGGACAUUCCAGAACAUCGAGCUACGCAAGCCAGCAGUCAAAAGUAUCAGGGUAUAGCUCGUGCCACUCCCGGUCAUCCAGUUUUUCUGAGCUCUGCCACAGGAGAAACACCUCAGUGGGAAGCACAUCAACGGGAAUUGAAAGCAUUCUAGAGCCGUGUGAUGAAAUUGAGCAAAAAAUAGCUGAACCAAAUCUUGAUACAGCCAGCAAAGAAGAUACAGCUUCAGACCUGCUCAACAGAUGCCCAGUGAAGCAAGAUUCUGUAGAAUCUCAGCUGAAGCGAGUUGAUGACACCAGAGUGGAUGCAGAUGAUAUUGUGGAGAAAAUACUACAGAGUCAAGACUUCAGCCUAGAUUCCAGUGCAGAAGAGGAAGGCCUGAGGUUAUUUGUGGGUCCUGGGGGAAGUACGACCUUCGGCAGCCAUCAUCUUCCAAGUAGGGCAGGGUCCGGAGCUUAUGAACAAGUUGUAAUCAAACGCUAGAAGUCAAGCUGGUGAACUGCGGCUUCCCUGGGGGUGUGGGACGUGGGCAGUCCAGCUGGCAGGCACUUCAUUCAAGCACUUCGGAGAAAAUGAACAUAGUUGACAGAUGAAGCAUGUUCCUCUAUUCAGAGGAAAGCCAACACCGAUUUCUUCUCGGAAAGUGCCCACCACCAUCCUGUCCCACCCACCGAAAGGGAACAUCAGAACUGUAGCGUCCAGGUGCCGGGCCACACGUCGCUAGCUGCACAUGGCUUCUGCGGCCACUGCACAGGAUAAUGAAAAUUCAGAACCUCCAGGUGUGGAAAACAAGGCUCUCCGUCUGAGUAUGGUUCCAUACUGAAGUAUAAACUGUAGCAGAGGUGCUCAACAAGUUUGGGCUCUGAUUAUUUAAGUUGAAUGUUUGGGAGGUAAUAAGUGAAUCAUUUGAACCUUAUAAAUUCUGUCCAGAUAGUUAUCAUCUCUUAAGGAAAUCUUCCAUAUUCUAUCCUACCUACAGUAUUGUACUGUUUAUUAAUUCUUCUUGAUUAAAUAAUUGAUAUAAAGUUUGGGUGUUCAUGUUUGGGGGAAAAUAUUAUACCACAAUUUAAACAUGUAGAAUGCUCAGUUCUCACCGUAUCCGUCACAAAUGGAGUAAGUGUGUUUAAGUCUGAGGUACGCAAAUGAGUGUAAUGCCGUUAUUACGCAACAUGUAUUGUUACUAGUGAAUGUUAGAUGAGCUGCAGAACUCCGACUAGCACUAUAGAUUCAAGGUAAGUUUAAUACUUAAUAGGUUCAAGGUAAGUUUAAUACUUAAUAGGUUAGGCUCCCAUAAGGCACCUUGAGAGCUGUUCUAACUGAAUAGUAUCUGCUGGUUUCAGGAAUCUGAAUUCGGAACAGGAGGAAAAUUGUAGCAUGAUCAGAAACAGUGGCCUUUCUGUGUAAGUUCAGACUUCUUUCUGAAACUGAAAGUUAUUCCAAGGAGGUGGCGGAUAAGACAGGGGACAGCUGCUUGACAUUACUGACAUGGACUCGUGGUUUUCUAUUUUAAACUCCCCACAAUGGGAUACUAUGUUUUUGUCUUUACUGUAACGGUAGUUGUUUUGAGACAGUAGAAUAUAACAUAAUCCAGUAUAGCUUUAAAGGAAAGAAUAUCUGAUCUGGAUCCAGUUUAACAAGCUCAGCAGACAGACCAUCUUUUUAUCAGGUGGGAAGUUUUUCUGGUCUUCCAUGACAAGUUUUAAUGUUCUUGGAGUCACUCAGUCCCUGAAGAAAAAUGCAGAUUCUAUAGAACCAGUAAUUCCCAGUCCUUACUUUCAAAACUGUGUCCAAAAAAACCGCAAUAUGUUAGAAUAACUUUGGUCUAGGUAUAUUUGUGUUGGCAAAGUAAGGGGAAAAUAUAUUAAAAUAUUUCAAUGUCCAAAUGUAGAGCUUUGGAAAAAUUUUAGUAGUUCAUGUUAGGGUUUUGGGUUUUUUUAACAUUUCAAGGAUUGGGUAUUCUAAAUUAAUCCAGUUCUGUUGCAAAUAGAAAUUUUUAAAAAGGUGAAACCCCAUUUUAGAAUCUUUUGAAUGUUGAGAGAUAGGGUUUCUGAGUCAUUAGUAAUACUUUUGUUAUUUUAUUUUGACGUGAAAAGAAAUUGACCUGACCAUUUUAGUCUAACCAAGGAAACCGUUAGCUUAAGUGGUAAAGACUUGCUUGUUCUCUGUGAUUAACAAGUGAACUGAUCCAUCCAUUAUAUAUUAUGGGGGUGGGGGAGGGUCAAAGUUUUCAAUAGAUACGAAACUAGUGUUUAGAGAUAUUUAUGACAUGUUCUAAGAUAUUUUUCUAUUUUCAAAAUAUUUCUAGGCUAUAUUUUUUAUUGGCACUUCUGCAAAUAAUUUUGCCAUUUUGAAAAUGAUAAAAAACUAUCGAUUGUAAGCGAGGUUCAGUGAGGACAUUCUUCAGAUAUGUAAAAGGUACUUUAAUCCAGGCAUUGCCCGUCUUAUCCUUGCCUGCCCUCAGCCUGACAACUUUAUACAAGACUGGCUCUCAGUAUUUAAAAGGAUGUAGCAUUAUUUUUUAAAAACAAAAUGUAGAGAUCUCGAAAAGCUAAGAAUCAUGCCUCUAUAAUUUUAGCAGCCACCAGAUACAUCUUGAUUUAUGUAGUAGGAAAUCAUUUUAAUAGAAGCAUCGAUGAGGGAAAAGUCAGCCCAAGUCUGCAUUCAUUCUCUUUUGUGUGGCAGUGGUGGGCAUACUUUGCAAUCACAUUUAUUUACAGCCCUCUGGAAAUAUUUGUUAAAGUUUGCUUAAAUGUCCACCUUACUUUCCUGGGUUUUCUUAGACCAUGUACUGUUUAGCUAUAUCUUAACCAUGUAGUUAUUUUUAAAAAUUGCUUUUUAAAUACAAAGUGCACUUUUGGUUCCAUUUGGCGUUGAGAAAAUUGGAUUUGAAAAAUUUGAUCUUAAUAAACUGGUCUUUAAGUAUUAAAGUCAAAUUUCAAACCA